ACAACUGCACCCAUAAUAUCCACUAGUUUUCUUUUGUUGCAACUUUUGUUUGUGAAACAGAGAAUAUUGUGUGAAACCCAUCACCAUUUCUCUUUCAUUUCUGACAUAUUUAAGCCAAUUGCAAAAUUAACUGACACAUAAAAAACAUAGAAGAGACACACCAAGUGCUAUCAACAUUCACUAUAGCAAUGGCAAGUUUCAGUGCAAAAUCCAUGACAAUGUUCUUUCUCUUCACAAUUAUCUUUGGUUUUGGAUUUCUUCAUGCAUCUGCACAAUUGCAAAGAUUUACACACACACCAAAAACUGAUGGUUCUCUUAAUUUCUUGGUUAUUGGUGACUGGGGAAGGAGAGGUAAAUACAAUCAAUCCGAGGUUGCUUUCCAGAUGGGAGUGGUUGGAGAGAAGCUUGACAUUGAUUUUGUAGUUUCAACUGGUGACAAUUUCUAUGAUGAUGGCUUAACUGGUGAACAUGAUCCUAAUUUUGAGGAAUCAUUCUCCAAAAUUUACGCAGCAAAAAGCCUGCAAAAGCAGUGGUACAGUGUGUUGGGAAACCAUGACUACAGGGGUGAUGUAGAGGCUCAAUUGAGCCCAUUCCUUAGACAAAUUGAUAGUAGGUGGCUUUGUUUAAGGUCUUUCAUUGUAGAUUCAGAGCUGGUUGAGAUUUUCUUUGUUGACACAACCCCUUUUGUUGAAGAAUACUUCACUGUACCAGAACACCAUUAUGAUUGGAAUGGAGUUAACCCACCACAAACUUAUAUUGCCAAUUUACUAAAGGAUGUAGAAAUGGCAUUGAGAGAAUCAACAGCAAAGUGGAAGAUUGUUGUUGGUCACCAUGCAAUUAGAAGUGCUGGUCAUCAUGGUGAUACUAAAGAACUUGUUAACCUGCUUCUUCCAAUUCUUCAGGCAAAUCAUGUUGAUUUUUACAUGAAUGGGCAUGAUCACUGUCUUGAACAUAUCAGUGAUUUAAGCAGUCCUAUUCAGUUCCUGGUUAGUGGGGCAGGAUCAAAGGCAUGGAGAGGAGACGUUCGAGAAACUACCGGAAACGGUGUAAAUUUCUUCUAUGAUGGACAAGGUUUCAUGUCUGUUCAAUUGACUAGAACAGAUGCAAACAUUGUGUUCUAUGAUGUUUCUGGCCAGGUUUUGCACAAAACCACUUCAUCAAAGCAGCUACAUUCUUCCAUAUAAAGUUCAGAACAUGUAUAAGAUCGAUAGAAAGAAAAUGAGAUUAAAAAGGUUUUGGGGACUAUAGGAUUGGUUUUUAAAUUCAAGUCACCAAUUCUUGAAUACAUUACUAUAAGUUGUAUAUAUAUUUCUAUUGCUUAGGAUUUUCAUGAUUUGAAAUUUUGAAGUUCUAUUUCUUGGUAUAUUGUAUUUUGUAAAUAAAUAUUUUGAAUGGAUGAGUUUUACUAGAA